AUGCCGGGUCUGCCCUCCUCCACACCCCGACAGACCAGGAAAGCCCUUGGAGAAAAUGAGGAGCCAAAGGAGGAGGCUCAGGAGGAGGAAGAGGAGAGAAGCAGCCACAAGCAGGUGGAGGAGAGCCGGCAGAAGCUGGCCAAGCUGCUCUUUGAAGGCACACGAAUGGUGACAGAUAUGCAGGUAGCUGCUGACUUGAGAGAAACACAGAGGAGAGCAGAACAGGCAGAGCUGAAGCUACGGAGGGUGGAGAAGCUGGAGAAUGAAGCCAGGUCCAGCACUGACAAGUUUGAGGAGAUCACCUCGAAGUGGGCCUCGGCCAAAGAGAUGACAAUCCCUCAGGAGCUGUGGCAGCUGCUGAACCAACAGCAGCAGCUGUGCACGCAGCUUCUGGAGGAGAAGAACAAGCUCAUUGGUGAACUGCAGCAGGAGCUGAAAAACAAAGAUGAGCAAUACGUGCAAACCAUUAAGAAGCAAUCAGAUGACAUCCAUCUGCUUUUGGAGAGAAUGGAGGAGCAGAUCAGGAUGAUGUUGAAAACUUACCGUCACAACGUCCAUCAGAUUGAGAAAGCUUUUGAGCUCGAACGGCGAGAGCUGCUGGACAGCAACAGGAAGAAAUGGGAGGAGGCCAUCCAAACCCUCAACACAAAAGAGCUGGAAUACCUGCAUGCCCGUGUGAAAAAGGUGGAAGAGUUUGAGAAACAGCUGAAUCAGCUGCGAAUGCAGGAUGAGGAGGAGUAUAACAGCAUGAAGAUUCAGCUGGAGAGUGAUGUGCAGAACCUGGAGAGGCAGCUCCAGCAUAUGAAAGCUGUCUAUUUGGUGAACCAGGAGAAGCUGGAAUACAACCUUCAGGUGCUUAAGAAGCAGGAUGAGGAGAACACCAUCAUCAGAUCACAACAGAAGAGGAAGCUCAACCGGCACUUUGCAGCCAGUGAUGCUGAGAAGUUCAUGAAGGUCUGGCUUAUGAACGAGGAGGAAGCCAAAGGGUUAAUGCGGAAAGCCCUCGAUGCAGAUCGCAUCAUUCACACCCAGCAACUGGGGCUGCCCUGGGAAGAACCUCAUUACUGGUUCCUCAACAACAUCGGCCCCUUCAGGCAUUACAAGGCAAAGAGGAUGGCAACCAAGCUGGCUGCAGAGGUCCUGACAGAGAGCACCAGUGGGGCACAGGAGAAGAAAGAGAAGGAGAAGGAAGAAGUGGGCAGCGGGGAAGGCCAAAAAGAAAACACAGCAAAGGCUGGGGAUACAGCCACACCUCUGCAAAAUAUCUCCAAGAAGACUGCCAAGAGGAUCCUGGAGCUCGUGAGCGAUGAGUCGGGUUUCCUCAUUGAGAGAAAGCUGCUGAGGCCUCUGCGUGCACUGGGAAAGCAUGAAUGCACCCUCUUGAGGCUUGACUCCAUCUUUUCGGCCCUUGAGAUUGACAGUGAGGAUGACCUGUACCAGCUGGUGGAUUUCUUCUUGAAGUACAAAGCCAAGGAAGGAGCUCUCAGCCAGAGCCAGGGAAGCCCAGGUGGAGAAGAUAUCACAGAUCUGGGUGAGGACAGAGCAGAUGGUGAAUCCAGUGCCCAGAGUGAUGAGCUCAAAUCCUCUCAGAGACCACUGGGCUCCCUUCUGUCUGUGUACAUCCAUGCUGAUGACGUCCUAAAGAUCCUGAAAGCAUUUGUGCAGGAUUUUCGCAAACUGAGGGAGGAGGACAGUUCUGCAAAGGAGGUGCUACAGGUACGGGACAGCUCUAAAGAUGGGGAGUACUGGGAAGCCUUAGCACACGUUAUCCCAGAGCCAACACUGAAGCUGUGGGAUGCUCUGGCAAUGGCACUGGAGGAAUAUUACAACAUCCUCACACGGAGGGCCAACCUGCUUGCUGAAGCAGCUGUCCUACAGCAGCAGAAUUCUGAGCUAAGCCUGAUGCUGGAGCAGUUCAUCAGCUCCGGGGUAAAUAGCAUGCUGCACCCUCCUCCUGUGCAUCAGAUGGACCUGAACCUGCCUUGUCCUGAAGAACCUCAAUGAAUGCAUGGAUCCAGAGCUCAGCUUUUCUCUGCCACAAGUUGAAGCUGUGUCUGAAGCCAGGACUUGCUGUCAGGGCCUAAUAAACCUCUCCCAAACUUGA